AUGUCAGAAGCCCAGACAGCCCUCGUCAGCACGACCAACGUCGGCACAAAAGGUACAAACCGGGCCACGGUCUCCAAAAACCAACGUUCGUCUCAGGCAACCAAAGACCUUGUCGGGGCAGUCAAAGCAUUCAUCGCCAACCCUUCCUUCCAGUCGACAUCUGAUUUGGCAGAUGAAAACGACCAACUGAGAAAGCAGCUUCGGGAAAAGGAUGAUCAGCUACAGCGGUGGCGCGCAGCGAAUGAGGGCUGCCUGAUGGUGUUCCGGGAAGACAGCGCACGCCGCGACGAAGAUAUUGCCCAACGAGACGGUAGGAUCAGGGCGCUCGAGUCGGCCAUCGGUGAUCACAAGAAGCAAGUGGAAGCACUACAUUCAAUUGAGCAGCAGCUUUUGGCUCAGCACAGAGAGACAGCAGAUUUGUUGAAUACUGAAAGAAGCAACAAUGCAGCGGCGCAAAGACGCAUUUCCGAACUGGAGAUAACCAUAGUGAACCAGCGGGGGCAGGUCAAAAAUCUCAGAGAAAGGCUCGAGGCCGCCGAAGUGAGCCGGAAAAAUGCAGAGAGCUCAUACAAGGCACAGAGAGAUAUGGGUACCGAAUCGAGACGGAUGUUGAAGGAGACAGAAGAUGAACUGAAUGCCUUGAAAGGCCUGGCUUAUGGCCUCAAAGAAGAAGGAAUGGACCAAACUGCUGCUCGACUAUCUGAUCUAUGGCAACCCGCUCUCAACUUGAUGAAAGAUUACAUCGGGCAGGAUCUCGAUGACAUUGUGCUUCAGUCUCCCAUAGUCAUCCCUCGAUCAAAUUCGUACACAGCAAAGGUCAUGCGAACAUCAGCCGCCAUUUCCGUUCUUGGAACAUCAAUCUAUGCGCAGAUAUUCCAACCCACAUAUCUUCUGCCUGAGGGAAGCGGGAUCAGGGAGUUACUCUUCGACCAUGCGAUCACUGAUCCCGACCGAGAAGCGCUGGUUCGGGGAGUGCUCCUGGCCAUGUCUAGAGACAAGCAGCAGAUGUUUGCUGUUAAUCGAGUCACAAACGUUGUCGACGAUGUGAUGGGCUACGUGCGAGAUCUGGUCCCCGUCUACCAGCGCGGCGAGUUUGUCGAGAAGCUCACGCAUAUUGUUGCUGAUAUACAGAAAGUAUGGGACGAUGUCAAAGGACUCAAGAGUAUGGUGGAGCCAAAGUUUGACUUUUAUUCCGACAACUUCGAGAUCCAGAGUCUUGAGGCAAAACUGGAGUUUACGGACAAUAUAGGAGCCUACGAAGACCACGAUCCUGGCGAAGGAGAGCAAGAGCUUCCGCUCGUCACGGGUGAUGGAGGCGACGCAGGAAAAGGAAUCACGAGCAAUGGGCUCGAGCCAAAGAGCACUGACAAGCCGAAGGCGUCCAUCAAUUCAGCGGGACAGGCUGUUGAUUUCAGGAGGAAGCCUACAUCAUCUGGUGUCGGAACAGAACUCUUUCAAAACUGUUCCAGCACUGAGCAUGAUGUGGACCUGUCCGAGGAGGGGAGGAAAGAUGUUAGCAUUUUGGUCGCCGAAGACAACAUCAUCAAUCAGAGGAUCGCGCUCAAGAUGCUGAAACAGCAAGGGUUCUCCGCGAGUGCGGUGUGCAACGGGAAAGAGGCACUGGAAUACCUGAUGGCGGCCGCGAACGGCGAACAUGCUGUGCCAAACAUCAUCCUCAUGGACGUUCAGAUGCCUGUGAUGGACGGCUACCAGGCUACACAAACGAUUCGGACCCAAGCAUCAUUCAGGGAUUGGCCUCAAAUCCGCAAUAUCCCGAUCAUCGGUGUGUCGGAAUUCGAAACGGAAUGUGACAGGGAGAAGUGCUUAGCAUCCGGAAUGGAUGACUUUCUGUCCAAACCUCUGGAGUUUGAAUCGUUGGAGAAGACAUUAAUUGUCUGGGACCUCGUGAAGUUCGUGGAGACACAGCUACCCUCGGCCCAAGAUCUGGAGUUGGUCCUGACCACUUCCAGAGGAAGGGAAACUUCUCUCCUCGAGUGUAAAGAUGUUGCCAUCACCCACACCAGGUGUCUUGGAUAUCAGCACAGACCCGACUUCUCUUCUUUCUGGAAAGACGGGGGCGUGCUGGUUCGCGAGGAUGAGGAAUCUCCGAUAUCCUGGGAUGCCAUCAAGGAUUAUGCAGAGCGGAUGGUCGAUAUAUCGGACGUUGAAGACUUGGCAACUCAACAAGCCUUCGUCGGUUACUUUUCCAACGCGAAGAUACACCUCGGCACACGAGACUCGGGAUUCCGCAACAUCCAACUGUCCGGCGCGGAGUUCAAUGACGAACGAAAGCUCAGAUUCGGAAACGAAUACACCGGAAACAUCGGAACCUCCGGUAUCGGGUUCCUCGGCGUAGGGAUCUCCGCAAAGAUGGUUGUGCAUCACACGGCAAAUCGAAGAAUCCAAGCCGCCCAAAGCCGCAUUCUCCAAAGGAUCGCCAACGCCAGGCGUCUGCCCACGCUGCUGUAUGAUUUCGAGUCAAAGCGAGCUUGGCUUGUUCCACAGCUCAGCGUGAUACUUCAUCUUGUGCUGGCUUGGGCAUUCAAUCAGGAAGACGCGAGUGAGCUUCAAGCAAUGAUGCCGUACGCCGAUGCCGACUACGACGGCGGCGAGGCAGCAUACUGUGCCAUGAAGCCGGUGAUGAAUGUGCAACUGCCAGAAAGAUUCAAGACCAAUGAGACGACCAAGUUCUCACAGCUCUUGACCGAGUUCUUUGCUUACAUCACUCACAUCACUGACCAGCAAAUGGGAUCCGAACUCAAAGAAGACAAGGAUCUCGUCGGAUACGAAUUCAAGAAUAUUGCGGAGCUGCAGCAGCAUGUUUGGUCCAGGAGGGCUCACAUCGACGCUGAAAGCAGCGCUGGCUGGCUGAAAUUGAGGCUGCUCGAGGACAAUACUUUCUGA